AUGUUAGAAAUAGGCGCAGCACAGACAUCUGUACACUCAGGAGAUGCUAGAUGCUCACACAUAAAGCCUCCUUCCCAUGGCUAUGUACAAAUCAUUCCAUACAACAAGUUUGACGCGCGUGCACGUUACGGCUGCGCGGAGGGAUACGUGUUGAACGGUCCACCAGAGAGGAUAUGCGGUGGAGACAAGCAGUGGAGUGGAGAGGAACCAUACUGCUCCAAAGAUGGUUUCUGUGGUCCUCCUCCCCCUAUUGUCAAUGGAGAGCCACAGUCAUCUCUGCCAAAACGGGAGCGGAGAUUCCCACCAGGCAGCCAGGUGGUGUAUCGCUGUCACAAGGGCUAUUUCCAAGAUGGCUACCCCAGAGCCAUGUGCCUUGGAGACGGCAAGUGGGUGAUGCCCAGAAUGGCAUGUGCACCUAAGAGUUGUGGUGACCCUGGCUAUGUGAAGAAUGGACAAAGGAAGGGGGACAUCUUCAUCUACCCCCACAGAGUGACCUUCUCCUGUGACCCUGGCUAUGAGCUGGUAGGCAGUCAGUACCGCAUGUGCCAGGCCAAUGGAAAGUGGUCAAGAUUUGUGCCUAAAUGCAAGUCUAUCCAGUGCCAACCCCUGUCCAUCCCAGAGAACGGGAACAUGUAUGGCUACUCCGUGGCCUUCAACUCCGUGGUCAGGUUUACAUGUCUAGAAGGGUACAGACUGCAGGGCCCCAGCGAGAGGAAAUGCCAAGAAAAUGCACACUGGACGGGAACUGAUGUGAAAUGUGAGGAAAUCGACUGUGGCUGGCCCCAGAAUCUAUGGAAUGGAUAUCCAGAUGGACAACAUACCACAUAUGGGCAUACCAUUUACUUCAGAUGCUACCAGGGAAUGACUCUGCAGGGGGCAGUCUCGGCCCAGUGUCUGGACACGGGGAACUGGUCAGAACCCAUCCCUAAAUGUUGGAGGCGUUGCCCUGUUCCAACCCUGGACAAUGGCACAGUUCAUGGUUACAGCCCCAGGGAUAAGAUAGACCACGGCAGAGUGCUCACACUGGCUUGUUAUGAGGGACAUGCCCUGAAUGACACCAAGACCAAGUCUGUGUGUUAUAAUGGAACGGUGUCCUAUAUGCCAAGCUGCAUCCCUAAGAACUGCUCAACAAGACCAGGAGACAUCAAGAAUGGAAUUGUGCGAUACAUUGACAUGAACCACGGCUCGCUGGCUCGCUACUCCUGUAACAUGGGAUUUCGUAUCGUAAAUGAUGAGUUUAUGACGUGUUUGUACGGCAGAUGGAGAGGAAGAAUACCUUACUGCGCGGAGAUAGUGUAUUGCCCACACCCGGGUUCCCUGCAGUAUGGCAGGAUACUCCUGGUUGGCUACAUUGGCAAGUAUGACUACAGACCCUAUGUGACACAGAUAGGACAGGGACAGCAGAUAGAGUUCCAGUGUGACAGGGGAUCCAUGCUGGAGGGUCCUACCCGCGCCACCUGUAUAGGAGGCAUGUGGAGCCCUGAUAUCAAACCAAGGUGUGUCAUGGACCAGCACCCCAACUUACCUCAGUUUCCAUGGUUACCACCUGCUACCAUAUGGAGGAAAUACUACAGACGUUUCAGAAGAUUUGCUGAAUCAGAAGAUACCAAAGGGUUCAAUUUAGUUCCUUGGAUUACAGAAGACAAAAUACCCAGUAAUUUGUCAUGGAAAAAAGAAGACAGGAAUAACUUUAAUAGUAACACUAUAUCCAGUUAUCUUUUAGAAAAGAGAAGUGACAUACCAAAGAACAUAUCUUUACACUUGCUUCAAGGAAAAAUGAGAAUUAUGAAAAAUGGUUCAAUCUAUUUAGAAGAAAACUCCAGUAUACAAUUGGACUGCACUAUCUAUAAACAAAAUAAAAUAAAUACAGAAGCAGAAUUAUACUGGCAAACCCCUGGUGGAGUUUAUACAUCAGCAAACUUAUCUGAGUCACUCAAUAUCAAAGGUGCUACUGAUAUAACAAAAGUAAAACUAUCUAACUCAAUAUCAGAGGAUGGCUUAAAACCCAGAGUGAAAUCACCUGGAUACACUCUGCUCAGAUUGACUCUGAAACAUGUCCAGAAAAAUAACUCUGGAAUCUACAGCUGUGUCCAUCAAUCCUCCACAAGUCAGAUGGACCACAUGGCAGUUACUGUAAUAGUCACAUCCAGUAACCUAGACACUGGUCAAACAGAUUUAAUUGAAGAAAAAAGACGAAGAUUGUUUUGCAAGAUCCCCAAGCUAUCCAAACAUCUGAAGAUAAAAGGCUCUAGCUAUAGACACCUAUAUAAAAGAUAUGUGCCUACUGGCACCACAGUGAUCUUCUGGUGUAAGCAUGGCCGUGUCCUGAGAGGAAGGACCAGUGCCAGGUGCCUGACAACUGGACAUUGGUCAAGGCAGUUUCCAGUCUGCAUGACUGCCUCUUGAUGAAGACUGGCCAGCAUGAUAACAAGGUGAGAACUUGAUAGUCAUGACGACUUAUAUGAAGAUCUUGAUAGUCAUUAGGAGUCUUGUGGGGAAGUUGGCAGCCAUGAGGACUCGUAUGGAGAAUUUAAUUGAGAGACUAUAACAAGUCAUGAGUUGUACAGAGAACUUGAUAAUCAUGAGGACUCUUAUGAAGAAGUUGAUAGUCAUGAGGACUCUUAUGGAUAACUUGAUAGUCAUGCUUGAGGACUCGUAUGGAGAACCUGAAUGAUAAAGUUGUGAAAACUUGCACGAUAGUCAUUUGAUCUUGUAUGGAGAACUUGAUAGUCAUGAGGACUCGGAGGGAAAACUUCACUGAUAGUCAUGAAGACUUGUGGAGAGAACUUAAUAGUCAUGAGGACUCAGUUGGAAAACUUCCUUGAUAGUCAUGAAGACUUGUGGAGAGAACUUGAUAGUCAUAAGGACUCAGAUGGAAAACUUCCUUGAUAGUCAUGAAGACUUGUGGAGAGAGCUUGAUAGUCAUGAGAAUUUGUGUGGAGAAUUUUAUAGUCAUAUGGAGAACUUGAUUGAUAGUCAUGAAGACUCAUGGAAAACUUUAUAGUUAUGAGGACUUCAUGGAGAACUUGACAGUCAUGAGGAAUUGUACGGAGACCCAAUGGAACAAGUGUAAGACUGUGAUGAAUACUGAAAACUUAGAUAUUAAAAAAACUUGUAUUAAUUCAGAACUGGACAGUGGCAAUUAUCACAAUCAUAAAAGACGUGCGGAACUGUUGGAUUGCAAUCUAGAUGUGUUGAAUAUAAUGUCAGGAAAUGGAUAUUACAUUCAAGACUACUAAAAUAUAAAUGGACAUAUCUGCUGCUAACCAGAAGUGUUCUUAUAGAGUUGCAUUGGAGAUUUUACUCACUGAAUAGUGUAAAACUGCUUCAUGUUUUAUACAAAUACUGGUAUUUGCCUUGAAUUGCUACGACAUUUCUAAUGUAGUCUUGUCAUGAAGUGUUUACUACUUUGUUUAAAAACAGUGGGAACUUUACUGUGGCAUGUGGUGAGUUAUUAAAGAACAAGUAAAUACUGGACACCUUGAAAAUGGUGGGGAAUAAUUAAUAUUUUUGUGGACUUGUUCCAAGAUUGUUUGAAUUGGCGACCAAUUCUACAAAAAGAAAAAAAUUAGGUUUACAGGCUUGUCCUAUAAAAUUUGACUUCUAAAUUUUGUCACAUAAUGCUUUUGAACAAGCACGAUAUUGCACAUGUACUGUACCUCAAAUAUUGCUGAGAUGAUAAUAUAAAAAUCUAAGUAACAUGGGACUCCAGGAUUCAGACAUUGUGGAGUUGGAUACAAAUGGAAAGGCUUAAUGUUCCUCUGACCUCCUAUCCCCUGGGCGUCUUUUUAAGUAGAUGGCCAUGGACAGUGAGGUAAUUCCAGCCUUGUGCUAGUCAUAAGUUUGUGUUCAUGUGAAGAAUUAUUGUUAUUAUUGAUGGUCAUGAUUUCAGCUACUUUUACACGCCCUUCCAUACCAGAGUUCUGAUGCAAAAAUUUACACGUACCACAGUGGAUGUCUUGAAAAACGAUCAGGUGUGGUGUAUCUUGUUAAACCUGUUCAUAGGCCAGUAUCAGGCAUGAAAAAAGAAGAUUAUAAGGCAUGGUAAAACUGAGAUACAACACUUGUUUUUUUUUAUAAAGUGUACAUGUAUGUGAUAUCCACUCUUGCUUUUCUCCCACAUAUCACAUACUGCAGUACAGCUUGCAAACUCUGAACCCUAUUACUAUUAUACAGAACAUGUACUACUGCUAGUGUCUUGUAUUAAGUAGAUAACUUCACUUGCAAUAUUGGGAUGGCCAGUUCAAAUACUUCAGUUAACACUGACAGGAAUAAAUUAACUUGUAAAGCAUGUGUAAAAUAAAUUAUUGUAUGUAUAUGUAUGUGUAAAAAGUGUUAUAAAAUUAUACCUAGUAGCUUUCAUGUUGGUUGUCAAAUAAAAGAAAUGCUUUUCACAAUUUUGUUAUCCUAUGUGGCAUAAAUGCAUUCAUGUUCUGUAAA